AUGGCCCAUGACGGCGCCUCUGACCUGAAUCAAUACCCUUUGUUACCACCACAAGAACGUCAGUCGCUUAUCCGACCCUUCCCGGAACAUCCCCCUCUCUCAAGAUCAGACCUUCUCUCGCGCCGUCUAUCCCGUGCUGCUCUGGUCUUCACUUUCAUCAUAGGCAUCGCCUGCAUCCUCUCAGGCAUAUCUCUCAUUGCCGUCUAUACACGGAAAAGCAGCACGUUAACCCAAGGCGAUCCAUUCGAGGGGUUUCUAUAUCUCAACCUUAGCCCCAGAUGGUCAGAGGCUACGAAUCUAUUCCUCAGUAUUGUUGUCACCGUAUGCACAGAGGCUGUUGGCUAUGUCCACGGAAUCGCUCUACGUUCCUCCCUCAUUGAGGAGCGACGCCUGUACUUCAACACCAAUGCUCGUCUCUUCACCGCGACGCGACGGCGGAGAUGGGCUGGCCCCAACGGCGUCCCGUGCAAUAUCCUCAUGAUGGUGCUUCUGAUCAUGUCCUUUGCAUCUGCGACCACCACUUUUCAGCCGUCCAGCCCAUUUCUCGUCGUCAGCGUCGCACCUAUGAUCACACUUGGCGUCUGCCUCGUACUUCAAGUUUCCAUCGCGAUGUUCGCUCUCCGCACGACGCGCAUCCUAACCUGGAAUACCACUGCGCUUGGAACACUUCUCGUCUUGUCCCAUUGCAGUCGCGUCCGCCAUUUCAGUGGACAUUCCAUGUGCAGCGUAACCCAUAUUGGCCACAACCCCCACCCGCAAUACCCAUCUUCUCGCCAGCCCACUGUGUGGCAGGCACGCAAAGACGUCCGAGCCGUAAUCUUCCUGAUCCCGUUUGAAGACGUUCCUGUGACGCGUAUCUACCCCCUCCCCAGCUCGCCAAGUGCUGCGUGGUUGGCACUCUUCGGGCUGCUAUUUGCUGUCCAGGGCUUUCUUGCAGUUACGUUGCAUCAAGCUGGAGUCGUCGCGAGCUCAAUGUGGGACGAGCAGGUCUGGAGGAGUGCAGGUGGGCGUAAAGGGACUGCGAUGGAGCCGAAUAUUCUGGCGCCGAUUGUGGCGCCGAUCAACCUCAUACUGAUGCUGUCGAAGCCAGCUCUUCACUUCAUGAUGAGCAGGGCUAACAGCAUCACCAUAGUUUCCUCCGACUCCACUUCGUCCUCCCGACGAAUCGCCAUCUACUUCAAUGGUGAUCAAUACACAAUUCUUGCCACGAUCAUCCUCCUGCUCACACUUCUUCUCAAUUACCUCAUGCUACGCCCACCACGAGGCCCACAGCCUGCGGCAUAUGGUCAUUUCCAGACGCUCGCGAACCUCAUCGAUGUGUGGCCGGCGGAUGGACAAGAUAGCAUGUACUGGGGUCAUAAAGGAGACCAUCAAGGCGUGGACGGCAGAGGGAUGGAGGGUGAUGUCGGAGGGAAGUAUUGCCGCGCUGGGACGGGCGGGGCCAUUUCGGAAGAUGCCGAGCGGAGCAACCGCAAGAUAGAAAAAGUCGCGACGCAGCGCGACGCAGCGCGACGCAGCGAAGACGCAGUGAACAACCUAGCUGGCAUCGGCAGCAUCCACAUAGUCGCAACGUCGAUUGACCGGUGA